GGGACGAAGCCAUUCCGGGGCUGACGGCCAGAUCACAGAGUCACCGGAAGUUGUAGAGAUGAAAUUCACAGAUUCGCCGGUGAUCGACCUGAAGGUGCUGGAUAAGCAGCUGUCUUUCCAGCAAGACAACGGGUCUAUGCACGUGGGGACUAGCGUCUGGCCCUGCUCACUCGUCGCCGUCAAAUUCGCCGAGCGUUGGCACCCGCAGUCGUGCGCCGCCGCCGAAAACCCCUACGCCGAGCUCCUCGACUUCAAGAACAAGCGAGGGGUAGAGCUCGGAGCCGGCUGCGGAGUCGCCGCCAUGGGCCUGUUCUUGUUGGGCCUCAACGACGUUCUAAUCACCGACAUCGCCCCCGUUAUGCCGGCCCUAAAGCACAACCUGAAGCGAAACAAGCAGGUUUUGAACAAGUCCUUGAAAACGGCUCAGUUGUAUUGGAACAAUGAGGAGCAAAUUAGGGCUUUGGGCAAACCUUUCGAUAUUGUCAUUGCCACCGACGUGGUUUACCUGGAGGAGACGGUGGGCCCUCUCAUCUCCGCCAUGGAGUCUCUUGUCAAAGAGGACGGCGUCGUUUUACUUGGCUACCAGCUGAGAUCGCCGGAGGCGCACAAGAUGUUCUGGGAGCUCUGCGUCGAGGUUUUCGACAUCGAGAAAGUUCCACACGAGCAUUUGCAUCCAGAGUAUGCCUACGAGGAGACCGACGUGUAUAUACUCCGGAAAAAGAAGAAAACAUGAUAUUCAAGAUCAAAUUUUUAUCAAUUCCCAUUUCAGAGUAAGAGACUAUAGUCCCCCAGACUGUGCAACACAAAGAACAGAACAUCUAAAUUAUAUCUGUAGUUUAAGAGCAUCAGAUCCACAAGGCUCCUCAUGUCAUUAUUGUACAGAACAAACUCCAGUAUCUAUUUCAAGAUGUGAUUCAAGAUUAUGGAUGGAUAAUUUUGAGUGAAUUGACAAUUUGUUGGAUGGUUGUAAACUCUGAGAUACAUGUUUCUUUAUCAUAUAUGGAGUGCACCUUUGUUAACAA